GUGUAAACGUCUCGACGAAUGAGUUUUGCGAGGAGCUACUGUUCGACGUUAACAAUAAUUGGCCAACUCAAUGGUUACAAAGUGCAUUUUAAGGUAGAAAAAAAUCGAUCCUGCUUUUGACGGGAGUAAAAAUGAUUGUGCAUCAACGCUUUUGAACUUUUUAGAAAGUGAGGACAACGAAAGUGAUUCUCAAACUAAUUCACAGCGAAUAAAAAUAUCGCGUUUUUUUAUUCGACAGUGAAGACAUUCUCGUUUAUUCCCGAGGUUAAAAAUACAAAAGAUUUUUUUUCAAUCUUAAAAACUGUGCUCACAAAUGAGCGAACCGGGACAUGGGAUCGUGACGUUUCCUUCGAAUCUCGGCUUCGCGCAGCGGGAGCCUAUCAUCUGAGGAUAUCCCUACUUUUUUCCUUCACAGAGAGUCGCCUUUCGCUCUGCGUUGGAAGAGCUCCGGGGCCUGCAAGGCCCCAUUCAGUGGGUCUCUCUCACCUGGCAAUCUUGACUAACCUGAGCAGCCAUCUUGGCAAGCGUCUCAGCGCGUAUUGACUCCUGUAAAGAAACAUAUUUUUCUCUCGAUAUUGAGAACCAUAAAAAAUCGAUCGAUUUCGCGUGGACAUUUGAAAAUAGUCGUCGAUCGAGAUAAUUCGGCGUGGGAUACUCUCGUGUUUUUUAAUCCCUUAACUUCCGGAGCGUGUUUUUUUUUUUCGUGUCAUUUCGUUCGUCGAAAACAACAAGUUUCUCGCGCAUUGGGCAUCGAUGAAUCUGACCACCUGGAACAACCGUUCGAACCGAAAACUUCGAGUGAUCGAAAAAAAAAAAAAAUAAUUAAAAUUUUCUCGCCACAUUAAGGCGGUGUUUGUGAUUCGAGUGAGAAGCAGUGAAAACCUUCGACGAAAAGUGCUCCGAAAUAGCAGUGAAAAUCUCAUUUUUCGAGUGAGACAGGCAUGGGGAAACGUCAAAGUGUCGUAGAGCUAUCAACGAUCGAGACUUGAACGAAAACGCUUCGCGAGUCUUUGUCAGUGCAUCUUCCCAUUCUUAAACGUCACUGGACCGGAAUUUCUCGAAAUUUUGAGAAACGAUGACUCAUUGGGGUUGAUCAAAAGAAAGUUGAGAUUCCAAACAAAAAUUUGCAAAAUCCAGCUGGUGAAGAACGCUGAUUUCAAAAUAUCCAACGAAAUGGGCUCGAAGAUCGAGUACGUCGAGUCGUCGCACAUGUACGCGACGAAUUACAUCAGAAAUUCCAAAGCUAUCGGUGUGUUGUGGGGCAUUUUCACGAUAUGCUAUGCAAUCAUCGGUGUCGUUGCCUUCGUCACGCCUGAAUGGCUCGGCGAUUUGGAGCACGAAAAUCCGGGCCGAUUUGGCCUCUGGUCGAGAUGCAGCUACGGCGGAAAUGGCGAAUUGGGAGAGGAGUGCAUCGGGAGGCUCGACGAUCUUUCGACGAUAGUGAACGUUCCGUUCCGAGCGAGCACGAUUCUCGUUGGUAUUGCUGUGAUCAUAGCGUUGCUGUCGAUAUGUGCGAUGUUAUUGUUCUUCUUCUGUCAAAGCACAACGGUUUUCUACCUCUGCGGCUGGAUGCAAGUCAUAUCAGCGAUCUGCAUGGCUGUUGGAGUAAGCGUUUAUCCUCUGGGCUGGGAUUCUCCGAUGAUUCGUGCAGUUUGCGGUGCUUCCGCGGCCCGAUAUUAUCCCGGUGCAUGUGCAAUUAGAUGGGCCAUACCACUCGCUGGUAUUGCUGCACUCGAUGCAGUUACUCUCGCUGCCCUCGCGUUCAUACUCGCAUCGAGACACGUGAGACUUCAGCCUGAACCGUUCAACAAUGGAUCGUUGUACAAAGGCGAAGUUAAUCCUGGUUACGUGAAUGAGGCUCAGAGCGUUGCAGGCUCUCGAAAAUCUUUGUCACUGAGACCGGUAUUGCUCGUAGCACCGCCGGAGCAGGACCGCUACAGCGAACUAUCCAGAGCGAAGUCACACUCCCACCACAGUCUUUAUUCUCCGGCUCCGUCGCAUCCGGUUCACACGUUAUCAACCAACACUCUCAAUCACUCUCAGCGCAAUUUCCAGCUUUGAAAAUCCGGCGAAUAAUAAGAAAGAGAAGUCGAAAAGAAAUCCUGAGUGUUGACGGAUCGUCGAUAAACUUGUCAACUUGCCAUACGUCAGGAAAAACCUCACUUAAACGUGACUGAUAUUUUUGUUACUCCUAUUUGUAAGAUCUUUUGUGCAUUUUAAUUUUUGGUAUUACUCGAAUAUUUUGCUCCGUGACUGCUGUCAAAAGAGAUUCAAACGUUUUUUUAUCGCUUGAAAAUCAUCAAGGUCUAAUCCUCUGACAAUUUCAUUAAUUAUUCAAUGAGCAAUGCUAACUGAAAUUGAGAUUUUUCACUGGAAUUGUGGAUCUGAAACUUUCGAAAGUACUCUUGACAACAUUCUGCUCGCAUUUUAUUAAGGAAAAUCGACUUCAACAAUGCAACGUUGAAAUUGAGUUACUUUCACGUGACUACUCCAGAAAAUUUUAAGCCUGUUAAGGAUAAACGUUGAUUUUAUGUACUGGCAAAUUUUCUGCCAAAGUUUUAUCUCAAUCAACAUUAUUUUAUUGUAGAAAGUAAAUAAUUACUGUAUAAUUUUCCAUAUUUUUAUAUCUUUUGCAAUAAAUUGUUGAAAGAUUGUACAUA